AUGCAGCGCCAACGCCGCGGGAACUUUGCCUCGUCCACCAGCGCCUCCCGCCGCCGCUCCAGCCGCCAUGGCGGCCCUGCUUCUCCUGCCCGGCACGCCACCACCACCACCACCAUCACCGCUGCCGCCGCCGCCGCUCAAGGCUCCUCUGGUGUCCCCGCCCCCGCCCUUACCACCACCACCGCUGCCGCCGCUGCCCUGACGCCGCCCCCGAUCCCGGCUCGUUCUGCGGCUCGUUCUCUGGCCCCGGCCACCGCUCCCAACCCCGGCCCCAGCUCCCGCCCCAGCUCCAGCUCCAGCCCCGGCCCCAGCUCCCGCCCCAGCUCCAGCCUCCGCCCCAGCUCCCGCCCCGGCCCCAGCUCCGAUACCCGCCCCGCCCCUUCCCCCUCCGCAGUUGGUGCGGCGCCCAUUGUGGCACCGACCCAUUACACUUCUCACGCCGAGCCAGCGCCACGCACCGAUUUGCCCCACCAGUCGCAGCCGCCGCCGCAGCGAACCACUCUGUUGCGACAGACCGCCGUGCCCUUUGUGGCCUCCGCGCUGGCCAUGGCGGCCGCCAAUUUCUGCGCGCUAGCGUUCCAACCAACCCCGGAGCAGCGCGAAGGCCGAGAAGGCCGGUGGACCACGGGGCACACCAUGAUUCAUGUCAGCAGCCUCGGCUGUCUGUCGGUGGUCCUUGUGAGCGCCCCGGCAAUCAUCGACGCGGCGAACGAGUGGAAGGAGACCCCAGAGGUUUGGCGCGCCGUCCGGACCUAG